CAUGGGGGAGGCAGGAUGAGCAGCUGGGGCCUGCAGGUGGAGGCCUUUCAACCAAAGACAUCAUAUCUCAUUUCCCUGGCUGUCACCCAUUUGCUGUCUCCACCCUUCCUGCUGCCGUCACCCUUGAUUUUCUUCCUACAGAGGGUGGACAGUGGCUGGUCAGCUUCCACCUUGGAAAUCUUCCCUCCCUUACCCCAUGGGUGGCCCCAAGACUGUGGCUUCAGGGGCCACAAGCGUCUUUCUCUUCCAGCCCUGACUGUGGAGUUUGCAGCUGACUCUGAUCCUCUGUAUUCUCUCUGGCAAUGUACCAUGGCUGCACCCUCCUAGGGGCUGGCUCCAUGACUUGAUUUUCCUCAGACGUGUUACAACGUCUGUGCUGUCCCUUGCUACACAGACCACCCAGGAUCUUGUGUGGGCAUGAGUAUAGAGGACGGGGGUCUGCCAGGCCUGGGUCGUCCCAGGCAGGCCCGUUGGACCCUGAUGCUACUCCUGUCCACUGCCAUGUAUGGUACCCAUGCCCCAUUGCUGGCGCUGUGCCAUGUGGACGGCCAAGUGCCCUUCCGGCCCUCCUCGGCUGUGCUGCUGACUGAGCUGACGAAGCUGCUGUUGUGCGCCUUCUCCCUCCUUGUGGGCUGGCAAACAUGGCCCCAAGGGGCUCCACCCUGGCGCCAGGCUAUCCCCUUUGCACUAUCAGCCCUGCUCUAUGGCGCUAACAACAACUUGGUGAUCUAUCUUCAGCGUUACAUGGACCCCAGCACCUACCAGGUGCUAAGCAAUCUCAAGAUUGGAAGCACAGCCCUGUUCUACUGUUUCUGCCUCCGGCACCGCCUCUCCACACGCCAGGGGUUAGCACUGCUGCUACUGAUGGCAGCAGGGGCCUGCUAUGCGGCUGGUGGCCUCCAGGACCCCCGGAACACCUUUCCGGGGCCCCCUACAGCAGCUGCUGCUGGCCCCAUGCCCCUGCAUAUCACCCCGCUGGGGCUGCUGCUUCUCAUCCUGUACUGCGUCAUCUCAGGCUUGUCAUCCGUGUACACAGAGAUGCUCAUGAAGCGACAACGGCUGCCCCUGGCACUUCAGAACCUCUUCCUCUACUCUUUUGGUGUACUCCUGAACCUAGGUCUGCACGCAGGCAGUGGCCCCGGCCCAGGCCUCUUGGAGGGUUUCUCGGGAUGGGCGGCACUUGCGGUGCUGAGCCAGGCACUAAACGGACUGCUUAUGUCGGCUGUCAUGAAGCAUGGCAGCAGUAUCACUCGCCUCUUUGUUGUGUCCUGCUCACUGGUGGUCAACGCCGUGCUCUCAGCAGCCCUGCUGCGGCUGCAGCUCACAGCCGCCUUCUUCCUGGCCACACUGCUCAUUGGCCUGGCUGUGCACCUCUACUAUGGCAGCCACUAGCCCUCACCACCUCCACUCUGCUGACCCCCAAUCCUGACCCUGUAGAUUGGGCACCACCAUCAGAGCCACCUGCCAGCCCUAACCUUCCCUCACCAGCCCUGUAGUAAGUGCCUUGUGAGAAAAGCUGGGGAAGUGGGAGCAGCCAGGUCAGUCUCUGGAGGUGGGUGAAUGAAGGGAUAACCCCUGGGAGACUUUAAAAGUGGGU